AUGGUGAGAGGGCCUGACCUGUCGGUGCCCUUAUUAUGUGUUAGAGACAGAGCCCAAGAUCUACUGAGUUACUACUACACAGGGGACUCUGCAAGGAUUUGGACCCUCUCAUCUGCAUUCUAUUUAACUGCAUUCAAUUUACUCGUGACCAUGGGUAGACUCAACUACGAGGUCAAACUUUAAUGUGCCUCGCGAACUUGGAAUUCAUGUGACACCCCUAGUUUAGUGUUAUAUAGGUUCAGUCUGUCGCACACCUCUGCGAGGCGUGGGGCAGAAUGCAUGGGCAACAAUGACUCACGCUUGGGUGUGUCUGGCUCAAGCAAAUGGCACCGCCCAAGGCAAUACAAGCAGACGUAUGGGGAUAGUGUGGCUAGCACGUCAUAUAUUAUGGGACUUGCGCAUAUGUGUAGAGUUCUAGCAGAGGACUCUAUCAGCAUGGGACCGGGUUAGAAAGAGUGUUUUGUGAACUUCGAAGGGCGUUGGUGUAAUGUGACAUGGCAACGACACAACUCAAGACAACACGGCGUGGAUGGCAAAUGCGACGGUCACACAUGCACCAAUCACAAACACAAAUGGCAUGCACGACUUGCAUGCCAUUUGUGUAGGCUCAACAACCAAAUGAACCAGGUUGGUUCUUCAUGUGAGGCAACCACCCCCUCUGCCUACUAAGGAAGCCUCUUUAUAAGGAAGGGGGAUAACUGAGAGGGCAAAUUGGGUAAUUCUCGGGACAGCUCUCCCCUAUAAAUGGAGGAUUCUAGCCUUCCACGAGUUGUGUACUCACACUUUAGAAGUAGAAUAUGCAUAUCCUUGAGCAAGCAAAACUGUCCCACGUACAGAGAGGCUUCUUGGAGCAUCGACAAAGCUGUCCAUGGCUAGAAUGAUGAUUUGGUAUCAGAAUGAUUUGAUAUCAAAGAAAGUUUGGAGGAUUUUAAGAACAGCUAGAGAUAGUAUAGCCCAUAGUCAGCGCAUCUCUUGCCUUGAGGAGCGAAUGGCCAUGCUAUCCAAUUCAUUGAGAUUUAAGAGUUUUUUUAAUCGUUCAAGGAACGAGUGAAAGACUGAUAUAAGGAUGCGAGGGAGGUAGUCACCCGUGGAUCAUGAGCAAAUGAGGCAGAGGCAAAAGGGCCAUGUGAGACGCUUGAGACCUUUGCUGUCGAUGUCUCACUAUUGAAUAGCAUGUCAGCGAGAUGUUCAGUGACAGCCCUGUAUUGAUUAUCACUUUCAAACGGAAACCUCUGGCUUGAUGGUGAUGUGCUGGCCACCGUUGACGAGCCAAUUGGGAUGUGGAAAAAGCCCUCCACAUUUUCACUGAUCAUCACGCAGUAGACCUUCUCUCUCUGAAUAAAUUACCUUUUAUGGCCAAUAUUACUUCGUUAAAGACGCGCAUGCUAAAAAAAACUGAGAGCUACUUUUGCUCAGGUGCAUUAGGAUUGGAGGUUUGGCCAGGGUUAGCAUUCAAUAAGAUCUGGUUUUGUACCAAGGUCGUAUUUAUGAAACGAUUUCGAAGAGAUGCACUACAAGGAUGCGCUAAUGGUGUCGUAAGUUCUUAGAAAGAUGUUAUUAAUUAGUCCAAUCCUUCCGGCUUUUUGAAACAUUCCAGUCUUUUUGGAGCAUUAUCCAUGAGUUGACUUGAGAAUGGGCGACGUAGGUGUGAUGGAUGAUGACUCCAGGUCUUCAGAAACUUGUUUUUUUCUGUUUCCCCGUUUUCUUGGAUAUGUUCAGUUCCUUCCAGAGAAAACUUUUAGUUUAUGCUUUCUCAAAGGCUCUCAUAAGUUACUGGGCUACACUCAUGAUGGGGUCCUACUGUCGGAUAAUACCUGUACAUAGAAAAUUCUCCAGAGAAUUUUUAGUUUAUUUGUGACAGCCCCCUUCUGCUCCACUUAUCGAACCAUGCGCUUCACUUUCAUGAAUUUUGAGUCAUGGUUCAUUUUUUUUGGUUUCAGUGCAGAGGAUUGGAGGUAUGCUUCAGAGCAGUUUGUCAAGAAACUUCCGGGCAAACAGUGUAUCGCGAGUCUUUCUCCUCUCCCACUCUGUGAUUUGACUUUCCUUGAACCUGCGUAUGAUCAGAACUAGACCCUGUUUCUUCGGAUCCAUACGGCUUAGCUGAGGUUUCUCUCCCCUCAAUGGUUUCUCUUCCAUAUCCUGCAUUAGCUGUUCCAAGUCGCUUCAAUCCCAGUCUAUUUUGAAAAAACACAGAUCAACAUAGCAGGACAGAAAAUUUAUUCAUGCACAACGACCAAAGAAAUUAUUCAACUCUGACAUGGCUUUUGAAGCAGGCAGUCAAAGGCAAUUAUAAUCUGACAUUUGAUGGCGUGGAUAUGAUGGGGGGGAGGUUAUCCAAAGAGGUAACAGCAGGAAAGAGAUAAGUUUCGAACACUUUCGAAAUCGUUCAAAGUUUUACUCGAAUUCUCAUGGAUUUCAGGUCUUUGUGGUUCUCCUCCGGAGUGAUGCUGACUCUGUGUGAACAGGUCUUUGAAUAUGAAGCUUUGUUGAUUAAUCUUGGCGGGAGAUUCACAGUUAUUCUCUUAUAAGUAAUUUUAGUCGUAAAGCGGAGACCAGGGUUACAAAGGAUCUCCUUUGUCGCUCACUCCUUGGGUGGUCUGAUUGCUAGAUAUGUUAUCGAUAGGCUUUAUGAGCCUGGAUCUGCUGGAAAUCGUCGAUUUGUAUAGGGAGUUCUUUGACAAAAGGCAGACAUCCAGAAGGUGGGCGGCUGGAUUGGAGCCGAUAAGCUUCAUAACAUUUGCUACACGGCAUCUAGGUUCAAGAGGGUACAAAUAG